GAGUUAUUACUAACAUGAGAGAGAGAGAGAGAGAGACUUGGAAACGGCGAACCCUCGAGGGCGACCGAUACUGUGAGCAGCUACGAAGCUCAUAAGAUGCAGUGUAGAUUGAAGCGGGAGGAUUGCAAGCACACAAAGCACGAUUUACUUUUCUCCAAAUGGGAGAUUCUCAUUGGACCAAAUGAUUGGGAAGGCCAUGCUUCUGGUAAGGAAGGAGUUGAAAGAUAUAGGAUUCAUAAUCUUCCAACAGCCUCGUCAUGUCCUGGUCUUUAUGAACUCGGUGUAGCUUCCAUUCCGACCAAUGAAGGCCACAGACUGCGGAAACAUGAUUGGGAGAAUGUUAUAGUUGGGUACCUUGGGCAAGCUGAUAAUGUUAGAACAAGACUCCAAGAAUAUGGCCGUUCAGGAUCUCAUUUGGACCAUGGCAAUCUUAUCACUAGCUGCAAAAAUUAUGAAAGCUCUACUACCCAAGAAGGAAUUGGACUAUUCAAAGACAUCUUCUCAAAAGGCUACUCCAUCAUGUUUAGAUGGGCUCCAAUAAAAAGCAAGAGGGAAGCUGAGAAGACGGAGAUUGAGAUUCUCCGUGUCUUUGAUUAUGCAUGGAACAGAAAAGGAAAUGGUUUGUGCCGGCAUGCUGAUUUAGUUGCAAGGUUAAUCCAUGAUUCAGCGAGUCCAGUUCAAAGUCCUAUGAGAAGACUAAUGCAGUGGAAACAGGAAGCGUUCAGUAAGAGGGUAGGCAUCAACAUUGAUGAAAAGUUGCCACUCUAUGAAGAGUUAGCACCACUGCGUGGUCUCAAAGGCUAUUUACUUCCUCGAAUCGUCAAGUUUUCCUCUUCCCAGCUCCAAUUCCUUCCACAAGAUGUCAACUCUCUAAAUGGUCAAAUUAUCUGUGGAGUAGCCAUUGGUCGGGGCUCUAUUUGCACAAAUCAGCCAAUACCAGGGAGGAAAAGAUGUGCUGAGCACAAAGGAAAGAAAAUCACUGGCAGUGGUUCAGCUUCAGGGAGAAUGACUUCUUCCAAUGAAAUUCUUCUAGAAAAUGGAACAAAGGGAUGCGACUUGAACCAACGAGUCACUUUACCUCUUUUAGGUGAAAUUUGUUCUCCAUUUCUGCAACACCAGUCACCGUUGGCCCAAGAAAAGUUUCACUAUGACAAAGAAGAGACUGGUGUUUGUGGAGUGGUCUAUUGUGAUGGUUCUGUGUGUAAGAGAAAGCCAGUAUUAGGGAGGAAGAGAUGUGAACAGCAUAAAGGGAUGAGAGUACAUGCAGCCAUGCCGUCUGCUGAUAAAGUAUUUAACUCUAAACAAUUGAACAACAUAUGCGGAGUGAUCAAUGGUAAUGGCCAUGCCUGUACUAGGCUGCCGGUUUCUGGAAGGAAGAGGUGUGAGGAGCACAAAGGAAGGAGGCUUGUGUAAGCUGUAAACAUAAUUGUUUCGGGAGAAGAAUAAAGCUUCCCAGUUUGUAGUGCUAUUUCAAUCCCAGCCUCCAGCAAGGAAGAGAUGUGCAGUUUGAAUAGUUUUUGGGGUAGAGUCCGCUUGUAACUUCCAACACUUUCCAGGUUUUCUGAUUGCUAUUUAGGUUGUUGUAUUUGCUAAAUUUGAUGUAACAUUAUUUCGUAUUGGUCCAUGCAACAAUUUCUCUGGAAAUGCUUGAAUAAAAUAAGGUAAUAAUCUUUCUUCA